AGUUUUAUUUGUGUGCAUAAUAGGGUUUGUUAUAAUGUCAUUUGUUUUGUUUGCAAAGUUGGUGUUCUGUUUCUUAAGCCAUAUUAAAAAAAAUAAUUGUCAGAUGUUUUUUGCCUGAUGAACAAGGAAGCAAUGUUUGUGCAGAAAUGUAGGCCAGGAUCUUCCGAGGUAUGUAGGCUUGUAACUCUUAUUGAAAUGGGCAGGUGUUAAGGAUCUAUGUAUGUUUUUUAAGCAUCUCUGUUUCAGUGAUUAGCGCUCAUGGAAUUUUUUUUUGUUUUUUGAGUAAACUCUUCUAUGGCUUGAAAUGGUUUUGUGAAAUUUUAAGCAAGGCCUGAUUGCUUUAGAUGAUUAAAUGAUGCCCUUAAUUCCCAAUACUCAAGUAUUCCUCUAAAAGAAGAUACCUUGCUGUAAUAGUCCAACUUCAUUUGAUUUUAAUGUGAAUACUUCAGAAACAAAUAUUUGACAAAAAAGAUAAGAAUUGACUGCCUGGUGCGGAGACCUAGGUAACACUUAUUAUGAUGGAAUAUCUGUAUUAUAAACUAAUAAAGGAAAACCAUGUUUUCCAGGUGGUAAAAUAAGGCCUUGUGUUGUCUUUGUUGUAACCAGUAGAAAAUUCAAAGAUAGAUUAAUUCUGGAUACUUAGUAGAAACAUUUUAGAGGAAAAUUAAUAUUUAAAGAAUGAGGAUAUUUUGUCACUCUUAAAAACAAAAAUUAAAGCUUCUUAAAGUUCCUCAUACCUAUCCUUGCUAUCAAAGUAGUCUCCCACCAAUUUAAAUGUUUUUACUCCUCUUUUUGUUGGAUAGAGGGACUACCUGAGGCAAAAAACCCUCCAAAACCAACAAAAAACCUGUCAGCCAAGAUUAUCACCAGUUCAGGCCUUUCUUAAAACUUUCCAUGUCUAAAUGGACUCCUGAAUGUAAUAUAGUUUAUACUCUAAAAGCGGAUAUGAAGAGUGAAGUUUCUUCUGAUGCACCAAAGAGACAGGAGAGUCUGAAGGGGAUCCUCUUGAACCCUGAGCCUAUUGGGGCAGCCAAAAGCUUCAGUGCAGAAGUUGAGAUGAUUGCCAGUAAAGUAGGGAAUGAGUUCUCUCACUUAUGUGGUGAUUCUCAAAAGCAGAAGGACAUGAAUGGCAACCGUACAGACCAAGACAAAAGUAUUGUGCGAAAAAAACGCAAAAGCCAGCAGGCUGGUCCUUCAUAUACUCAGAAUUGUCCUGAUAAAGAAAACCAAGGAAUCUUAGGAUUAAGACAGCAUCUAGAAACACAGAGUGAAGACAAUGAUUCUUCUUUUAGUGACUGUAUCUCUUCACCUUCAUCUAGCCUACAUUUUGGAGACUCUGACACAGUAACAUCUGAUGAAGAAAAAGAUGCUUCUGUAAGACACCCUCAGGCAGUGCUGAAUACUACAAGUAGAACUCAUAGCGCCAGGUCACAAAAGUGGCCUCGGACUGAGGCAGACUCUGUACCUGGGUUAUUAAUGAAAAGGCCCUGUUUUCACAGCAGUUCUUUAAGAAGACUUCCAUAUAGGAAGAGAUUUGUGAAAACAAGUUCGUCACAGCGGACACAGAACCAAAAAGAACGGAUUUUAAUGCAGAGGAAGAAGCGGGAAGUGUUAGCUCGAAGAAAGUAUGCUUUACUACCCAGCUCUAGCAGUUCCAGUGAGAAUGAUCUCAGUAGUGAAUCUUCUUCCAGUUCAUCUACUGAAGGGGAGGAAGACUUAUUUGUGUCACCUAGUGAAAACCACCAGAACAGUACAGCUGUUCCUUCAGGAAGUAUUGAUGAAGAUGUUGUGGUGAUUGAAGCAUCCUCCACUCCCCAGGUCACUGCUAAUGAAGAAAUAAAUGUUACCUCAACAGAUAGUGAAGUGGAAAUUGUCACAGUUGGUGAGAGCUACAGGUCUCGUUCAACACUUGGACACACAAGGUCACACUGGGGACAGAGCUCUGGUUCUCAUGCUGCACGACCUCAAGAACAGCGGAACCGCAGUAGGAUUUCCACAGUCAUACAGCCACUGAGACAGAACGCAGCGGAAGUAGUGGACCUUACAGUGGAUGAAGAUGAGCCGACAGUUGUGCCAACCACAUCAGCUAGAGUGGAGCCACAGGUCGUGAGUUCUGCUUCCAGUAACAGUUCUAGUACGUCUACCUCAGAGCAGGCCUCUGAUGCAGCUCCAAACAUCUCCAACAGCCAGCCCUCUGCAGCACCAGAGACGACUUCUAGUCUUCCCAGUGGCGGCACUGCUGGUACUUCAGCUGGAGAUGAUAUAAGAAGAACUGCAUCUAAUACAACACUGGAAACUGGCCCUCCGGCCAUGCCAAGGUUACCAUCGUGCUGCCCUCAGCAUUCUCCUUGUGGAGGACCUUCACAGACUCAUCAUGCAUUGGGGCAUCCGCAUACAAGCUGCUUUCAGCAGCAUGGCCACCACUUUCAGCAUCACCACCACCACCACCACAACCCCCACCCAGCUGUUCCACUGUCUCCUUCAUUCAGUGACUCCAGCUGCCCUGUUGAACGGCCUCCCCCAGUGCCUGCACCUUGUGGAGCAAGCAGCAGUUCUGGCACCAGUUACCAUGACCAGCAGGCGUUGCCAGUAGACUUAAGCAGCAGUGGUAUAAGAAGUCAUGGAAGUGGUGCUUUUCAUGGAACAUCUGCUUUUGACCCCUGCUGUCCUGGUUCUUCAUCUCGAACUGCAAUUUAUGGGCAUCAGGCUGGUGCUGGCCCAAGCCAAUCGAUAACAAUAGAUGGAUAUGGAUCAAGUAUGGUUGCGCAGCCGCAGCCCCAACCUCCUCCUCAGGCAUCGCUCUCUUCCUGUCGGCAUUAUAUGCAUUCUCCUUAUGCUUCUUUGACCAGACCUCUUCACCAUCAAGCUUCUGCAUGUCCUCACUCUCAUGGAAAUCCUCCUCCACAGCCACAACCUCCACCUCAAGUAGACUAUGUUAUCCCUCAUCCAGUGCAUCCCUUCCAUCCUUCAAUCUCCUCUCAUGCAUCUUCCCAUCCUGUUCCACCUCCACCUCCACCACCAACUCAUCCUUUAGCCAAUGCAGCUGCUCCAAUACCACAGCAUCUUCCUGCAACACACCAGCCUAUAUCCCAUCACAUCCCUGCAACAGCACCUCCAGCACAGAGGCUACAUCCUCAUGAAGUGAUCCAGAGGAUGGAGGUCCAGAGAAGAAGAAUGAUGCAACACCCAACACGUGCUCAUGAACGGCCGCCUCCGCAUCCUCACAGAAUGCAUCCCAAUUAUGGUCACGGGCAUCACAUUCAUGUGCCUCAGACAAUGUCUUCCCAUCCUCGACAAGCUCCAGAGAGAUCUGCGUGGGAACUGGGAAUUGAAGCUGGUGUGACUGCAGCUACUUACCCUCCAGGGCCCUUGCAUCCUCACUUGGCCCACUACCAUGCUCCUCCUCGACUUCAUCACUUGCAAAUAGGGGCUCUUCCUCUAAUGGUACCAGACAUGGCGGGCUACCCUCACAUCCGUUACAUUUCAUCGGGAUUGGAUGGAACAUCAUUCAGAGGCCCUUUCAGGGGCAAUUUUGAGGAGCUGAUUCACUUGGAGGAACGAUUAGGCAAUGUGAACCGUGGGGCAACACAGGGAACUAUAGAAAGAUGCACAUAUCCACAUAAAUACAAAAAGGUAACAACUGAUUGGUUCUCACAGAGGAAACUGCACUGCAAACAAGAUGGGGAGGAAGGAACAGAAGAAGAUACAGAGGAAAAGUGUACCAUCUGUUUGUCUAUAUUGGAGGAAGGUGAAGAUGUCAGGCGCCUUCCAUGUAUGCACCUUUUCCAUCAAGUAUGUGUAGAUCAGUGGUUGAUUACUAACAAGAAGUGCCCCAUUUGCAGAGUGGACAUUGAGGCUCAACUGCCUAGUGAAAGUUGACACCGCUUUCCAGAACUCUUGUCCUCCCUCUCACUCCCUCUCAUCCUUCCUGGUACUGCAGUCAACCAAAGAUGGCAUGACUUACCUGCGCAGAUUUGGAAGCAUUGAACCUAGAGUGCUGGCUCUGCUAUAUGGUACAACUAAUGCUAGACCUACAGUUUAUGUAGAAGACAGUUGAGUUUCAGUGUAUUUAUAAAACUUUUUUUAGGUUUUACAUUUUUUUCUUUUAAUUCAUUACUGUAUUUUUGCAUGGUUCCUUGUAUUGCAUUUGUUUGCACAUAUUAUGGGCUUUGUGACCCCAAACUUGCAGGCAAGAUUAGCUGCUUUAGUAAGUAGAAUUGUGUGGUCUCUUUUUUUGGUUUGUUUUACAUAGUAUCGAGCUUUGAAAGUAUGAUUUCACUCAUUACUAACCUCGGAUUCCUUAAUUUAAUCGAUCAUAUAUUUUAGUUUAAAUGUAUAAAGAUCAUCUAGAAAAGGAUAAUAUUAUGUAUUGAGACAUUCCUUAAUUAGGAAAAAAUGGCUGCUGUAUAUUUACAAUAUCAGUUCUGAAUCAAAUAACAUCCUUAAUACUGGGAACAGAAUACGAACUAUUCAGUUUGACUGAUACAUAUAGCAUACUCAUCACCAGAGUUUUUGUCUGAUCAGAUUUUUGUGUUCAUUUUUAAAAUUUCAGCACAAUGCAGAUAUAUUUGAAUGUCAAUAUUAAACAUUUAGACUGCUGUUCAGAUUGUAUUUAUCAUUUCCUUCCUAUGUCUAGAAAUUUGAAUCCCUAACUUAAAUAUUUGCUGCUGUGAAACAGCUCUAGUGAACACUAAAUGUUGAUUUCAGUUAGCUGGAUUGUAGAUACUUGCAGAUUGAAAGAAUUAUUAGGGAAAUGGAAAAAGAGCUUAGAAUCUGUUUGGUCUUCUGCUAACUUAAGUUGAAGUAUCUGCGCACACUGAGGGGUUUUUUUUGUUUGUGUUUGGUGUUUGUUUUU